AUGGCGGAACCACGAGCCCGUGCCGCUAGGCACAAGGGUCAGAUGAACUUUGCAUCUGAACUCCGCCUCCUCCUUCUUGCCUAUGGUGACCCCCGUCCGCACCCUUCGUUUCCCGCCGAACCACUCCCCGAAACCAUCCGUGUUCUGGACGAGAUUGUCACCGACUUCGUUCUCGAAAUGUGUCACGGUGCGGCCCAGUACGCCAGCUACUCCCGCCGGCAGAAGAUCAAGGUCGAUGACUUCCGGUUUGCGCUGCGCCGGGAUCCCAACAAGCUUGGUCGUGUGCAGGAACUUCUUCGCAUGGAGCGUGAGCUGAAAGAGGCUCGUAAGGCAUUUGAUCAGAAUGACGAUCAGGUCGGGAACUUGAAGGAUGCGGGCAAGAAGGGUCUUGAGGAACUUGGCGAAAGUGUUGAUGGGAAGAAGAGUAAGGGCAAGGGGAAGAGAAAUGCAAGAAGGGAUUCGGAUGCCACGGAGGAUACGGCGCCGAAGAAGAGAAAAGUUGUGGGAUGA